AUGUGCUUCGGCGACAAUUCGACGUGUACCGGAUGCGACGGCGUGCCCAACUCGGGCGCCGUGCCGGAUGUGUGCGGCGAGUGCGAUGGUGAUGGCAGCAGUUGCCUCGGCUGCGACGGCGUGCCAAUCCCGCUCGGCGGCGCCCAUUUCGACGCCUGUGGCGUGUGCGGCGGCUCGGCCGUCGGCUCGUGCAUCGCCACCUGCGACAACUCGUCCGCGGUUCCUGUCGUCUUUGACUGCGCUGGCGUGUGCAAUGGAAAUGCGACCAUCGACGAGUGCGGGGUGUGCGUCGGCGGAACCACAGGACGCCCACCACGCAUGCACCUGGAUGCUUGCGGCGACUGCUUUGCACGCUGCGAAGGCUGCGGCACGCAAACCACCGACGUUUGCGGCGUCUGCAACGGUGACGGCUCGAGUUGCGCCGGAUGCGAUGGUCUCGGCGGUAUUGUCGACGCUUGUGGUGUGUGUGCUGGCAACGGCUCGUCGUGCGUCAUCUCGUGCGAUGAGACCAUCGCCCCUGAUGCCGCUGUUGACUGCGCUGGCAGCACCGGUCUUCCGCUCUCUGCCUUCAUUGACUCAUGUGGCGACUGCUACGGCGGCGACGCCCGCAAGGACAGCUGUGGCGUGUGCGGCGGCGGCAAUGUCGAUCGUGACGACUGCGCUGUUUGCUUUGGCGGCAACGCUGCCAAAGACGCAUGUGGCGUGUGUUUCGGCGGCGGCCGCUUUGCCGAUGUCUGUGGCGUGUGCUACGGUAACGCCACAAGCUGUGCCGGCUGCGACGCUGUGCCCAACUCUGGCGUUGUACUUGAUGCUUGUGGCGUGUGUGGCGGCGCCGGCCUGUGCGUCACAGCCCGAACCACUACACCGGGCGUCCGAGAUCCGGUGGUUGUUGCCAUCACUGCCUCGUCGUUCGGCGCUUGCAUUGUCCUCGCCACCGUCUUUGGUCUCUGCCUCCGCCUCCGCAAGCGCCGCGCCCAUGCCGCCUACCUCGCCCACAAGAUGGCGGCCGAGGAGGCUCUGGCCCCAAGUGGCCACCUCGCUGUCUUUAUCUCGGACGUCCAGAGCUCCACCUACCUGUGGGAGGCGUAUCCGGAAGCCAUGGUGACCGCCAUCGACGCCCACAACGAUGUCUUCCGCCACGUUCUCGGCCGCUUUGGUGGCUACGAGGUCCGCACAGAGGGCGACUCGUUUGUGGUUGUCUUCCAACAACCUCAGGCCGCAGUCGCCGCUGCCGUCACUCUUCAGACCGAGCUGAUGGCUGUAGACUGGCCUGCGCCCAUUUUGGGCGACAAUCGCGUUGUCUCCAACGACGGGCCCGACACAGUCUGGCGCGGCCUCCGCGUCCGGAUUGGCAUCGCCAUGGCCGAACCGACCCGAGUCUUUGUUGAGCGAACCCAGCGGUUCACCUACGAGGGCCCCGACAUGCUCGACGCGCAAUCGGUGGGCGACGCGGGCUCUGGCGGCCAGGUUGUGGUUGAUGCAGCGACCGUGGCCGCUUGUGCUGGCUCGUCGCUCACCUUUACUCGCCUCGGCCGCUACUCCUGUGGCUCCACCCGCGGCCACCUCGCUCUUCGCGAGUAUGAGCUUUACGAGGCCGACAUCCCGGGCCUCUCGGCCCGUCGGGGUUGCAGCCCGAAUCUGCGCGGCAUGUCGCGAAUUAUGCGCGACGUUGGCGCCAAGUCAAGCUCAAUGUCAAUGUCAUCGUCGGCUCUGUCGUCGUCGUCGGCGCCGACCACCGCCCGCGACCGCUCGCACUCAGAUCUUGCGCCCGGAGCGGCGUCGGCUGAUCCGCUCGCCCGGUUCAAUCAGCUCGAGAUCGAGAUCAGCUCAGACCUGGUCCCGGCCCCGUACUCACAGAUAUCUCCUACUGCCGCCGGCUCCUCACUCGACCGCCCGUAUUCUGGUGCCAUGAUUGCCCGGCACCGCCGCAAGAGCAAGUACUCCAGCUUGCUCACUCCACGCUCGCCGAACGCGCCGCCGACUCCGCGCGCCAAGUCGGCCGACGAUCUGGGUCCGAGUGCCCUCUACCCGUAUGCCAGUGGCGAGUCGAGCGAGCUCGCUGUCUCGCAGCUCCUUGUCGAUGCCUCGUCCAGCUGCGGCGAAGUUGACACCCUCUCGCGUUCCGACUCGCGCCCCCGCGGACCCGCUCACCAGUCUCUCCGCUGGCCCGCACUGCCCUCAACCGGACCACGCCUAAUCUGA